GCAAUCCAUCUCUGGACAUUAAAGUCUACUCUGUUGAUGGCGUCUUUUCUGUGGGUUCCUAAAAUCAAACUUGUUUUUUGUUUUGAUAAUGAUAAAUUAAGCUGAUUUUCUUUUUGAAACCCUCAGAUUGAGAUUUCAUGGCCGAAAAUACGUAGAUUAAUUUCUGCAGAUCUUUUGGCAUAAGAUGGCAGCAUCAUCUGACUCUGAUACAGAAUCUUCAUUCAUUGUUAUAACUUGUAAGGGCAACAUCAAUGACCAUGACCUGACAGAGAAACUCCAGAAAAUUAAACUUCAUCUCAGUAGACUCUCUGAAAGUGAUGAUGAGUUACUUUCCAUUUCAAAGAUUGAACCAUGGAACAGUGUCAGAGUAACUUUCAACAUCCCACCAGAGGCAGCUCAGCGUCUUCAACAUUUGGCUCAAAAUGACAGCCAAUUGCUUCAGAAUUUGGGCAUUUUAUCAGUCCAAGUCGAAAACAAUGACCUGGUCAAUAUUCCACCACCACAGGUAUCUACUCCGGUUUCUCAGCAUGUUCAGCCACCUUUUUCAGUUGGAUUGAGUCCCGGGCAAUCUGCAAUGUCAUCGGGAGCACCAACGUCCUCACCAAUGAGGAUGACAGUAGCCAACCACCAACAGUCUAAUGUGAUGAACCAAUUAAAUUUUGGUGGAAUGCGCCCAAAUUUGCAAUGGGGUCAGGUUCAGAUGCCAAGAAUGCAAGGGAACAUUCCAUCUGGAAUGCAAGGAAAUAUUCAAGUUGGAAUACCACCUACAUUGCAAGGUAGCAUUCCAUCAGGAAUGCAACCAGGUAUCCAGGCCGGAAUACAACUUAAUAUGCAUAGAGGUAUGCAGCCAGGUGUGCCACAGAAUGUUCAGGGAGGUAUUCAACCAGGAAUGCAUGCCAACAUGCAGACAGGAAUUCAAGGUAAUAUUCAACCAGGGGUCACUCCUCCAAAUAUACAAGGAAAUAUGCAGAGUGGAAUGCCGCCUGGUUCGCAGACAAGUAUGCAAUCUGGAAGACAGUCUGGGAUGCAAGGAAAUGUGCAGCCUGGGAUGCAACAGGGACUGCAUGCCAAUAUGCAGCCCGGGAUGCAAGGAAGUAUGCAGCCCGGAAUGCAAGUAGCCGUGCAGCCCGGAAUGCAGGGAGGUUUGCCACCUGGGAUGCAAGGGAACAUGCAACCUGGAAUGCAGGGUGGUAUGCAGCCAGGUAUGCAGGGAGGUAUGCAGAUUCCACCCGGAAUGCAGGGAGGUAUGCAGCCAGGAAUUCAGGGAGGUAUGCAACCAGCAAUGCAGGGAGGUAUGCAGUCUGGGAUGCAACCUAAUAUGCCACAGGGUAUGCAACAAGGAAUGAAUCCAAAUGUACCAUUCAAUCAAAUGUCCCAGUUCUUUUUCCAAGGUGAAAUGCCCAUGCAAAGAUUUGGCUUAAAUAUGAGUCCACCAGCAGAUGCCAGACCAAAGAAGAAGAGGCGGUCAAGACCAAAAACCAAAAAGAAAAAUGCCGAAAAAGAUAAAGAUGUGACUAAGAGUCCUGAAAGUCAGCUUAAAGAAGCAGAUAGUCCUCAGACCACAGGUGAAAUAAAACCCAUUGCUACUCCUCCACCCAGUUUAGCAAAUAAUCAAAUGAGCCCAGCUACCAACACCAAUCAGUCAAACACAAACCAGAAUCAGCAAGCACCAACAUCUUUGCCUUUUGCUGAACCAAUGCAACCAAGAUCAACGACCUCUACCCCACCUAUAAGGAAGCCAGAUGUCUCUAUUACAAGUCCUCUGUUGGUUAAUCUGUUACAGCGAGAAAUUCCUGGUACACAGUUCCCAUUUUCAAGUCGUGGAAUAGUUCCUAGUUCAUUAGCUAAUGCAGUCCAGCAAGGGGUAGUAAACCCUAAAAAGCCUAUGAAUAAUUUGUCUCAGUCUACCUUAUCCCAAGGACUACCCCCCAUGCCACCAGCCAGUGAAAUUACUCGGAUGCUACCCGAAUCAAUUGGGCUCCCCCCUCUGCCCACAAGUCAGUCUACUCCUGCUAUGUCAUCAUCACAAAUGUCAUCAUCACAGUCUAAUUUAGUUUGUAGUCAAACACCAAACAGGCAGCCAGUUAAUACAAUGAAUCAACCAGUGCCAACCCAACAUUUUCAGUCACCCUCUAACACAACUCAAAUGAAUCAACCAAUAUCAGAUGCAACUCACAACCUUUUUGCUACAUCUCAGAAUGUACACAGUUCAGCUGUCUUAACAAAUGUAUCGGCUCAAAAAGCUCAACAGAAUAUGCCUACAUUAGCUAAUAGUAAUGUGGCCGGCUUCACUACAGUCUCAGGCAUGCCAUUGCAGCAGCCAAGUUCAGUGAUGCAGCCUGGCUUGGGUGUUCCUUUUGGACAUAUAGAACAAGCACGUCAGACUCCAACACCUCUUAGCAACAACAUGUCACCACCAGUUAGAUUGUCAGGUAUGCAAUCUCCAGGACCAAAUAAUUUACCAUUCACGACUCCAGGUAUGAUUAACACAAGCAUGGCACAUGGAAUGCCAACCCCAUUGCAACAAGCCCAGGCUCUACAAUCAGCAGGUCCUACCUCUGUCUAUCAGCAAGGUAUGAACCAGAUGAUACACCAAGGACAAAGACAGUUCCCUUCUGUGACAUCUCAAAUUCGGAACCAACUACCAUUUGCACUUCAAGUGCAGCAUCAGCAGUCACAGAUCCAUCAACUCAAUCAAUAUUUACCUUCUAAUAUCAACCAACAUGCUAAUGCUGGACAAACACCUACAAACCAAGGACUCAACUUUCCACAGGGUACAAAUUUCAACCAAGGUCCCAUGUUCCAUCAGAGACCACAGGUGUCUGUCAACAUGCCCUUUAACAUGGUGAAUAUUCCCGUAUCCACUGCAACAGCAAACCUUCCACAGUUUAGAAUGGCAACAUCUACAGAGUUGCCACAUGUAAGUGGCAAAGGAGGGAUACCUGGAACUGGUGGGAAUGUGAUGCAAACUGGACCGAUGAGCUUGAUAUCUGGAAGUACUAAUAAAUUACCUGUUCAUUCAAGAGGAAAUCAACAAAUGCCUCAUACUACCCAUCUUCCUCCAACAAGCAUCACUUUUCCGUCCAUACCAAGAUUUCCAGUGAAACCACCAAGUAAAAGUGUUAUGCCAUUUGAUGAAACAACAUUAGAUGGCAUCAGUGAUGCUGAAAAGGACUUGCUCGCUAUGGCAGAGAAAGUUGCAAAUGAAGCUGGUAUGGAGACAAGUAAUAGAAUGGCAAACCUUUUCUCUAAAGACAGUUCACGUGAUGAAAAACAAACUUCUGUAGUCUCCCCUAAAGAUUUGCUUACAAAAGACCCUGGACAUUUAAAAAUGUCAGAUUUUGUUAAUACUUCAGGCAAUGAAGAAAUAAAAGAUGUUAAAUCUGACAAUCAUAAACAGAAGAAAUCACCUGUGAUUCAGCUAACCAAAAACCAACAUGAUUUGUUUACAACAGGGGAUACUCAGAAUAUAGCCUCAUGGAGUUCAACUAUACUACCAAUACAUGGUAAAGAGGGAUAUUCAUUACAUACUCAUACACCUCCAACAGUCAGUGAUAAAAAGACUGUAGAACAAGUUGAUAGGAACAAUCAACAGAAAGCUGGAGAAUUAAUAGAAGGUGGUGUUCCUGACAACUCACAAACAAUCAAAUCCACUUUCUGCCUUCCUAGUGAUGGAACUUCAAAAUCGAGCAGCUCUCGGACUGUUGAACAGGGUGCUGGAGUUGGGGUGCCAGUCUCCGAGACUGGGGCUCAUUAUGUAUCAAUUAACAGAGGGGAAAUUCCUUAUCACAAUAUAAACUUCCUGUCACAAUUUAACCCUGGUGCUGUUUCUGAUAAGAAAUUAGACAACCCUCAUUUAGCAGCUGAUGAGUUGAAGAAUAGGAAUAAGCAUCAAAGCUUUGGAACAAAUAUUAACGUACCAGCUCAGAAUUUAAACCAAGGACCAGUACCUGAAAGGAAGGUUUCUGAUAAAUCAAGUAUCUUAAUGCAAAUGAUGAACAUGGAUUCAUCUCAUGAUAACCCAGACAUGAUGAGCCUAACAAGAAGUAUAAGUGAACCUGUUGGAACCCAUGGAGGACAAACAACAAUGGCACAAGAAACCAUCCACACCGACUCAAACAAAAUGCCAAUCCUAGAGAGAAUGCCGACUGACAGUGAAAGUAAUCCAACUCAGUACCAACAGGAGAAUGGCACAGAUGUUGCAGAAAUGAAUGCAAAGCAAGCUGUUCCUGGAUUAUCUCAGCCUCUGAUGCCACAAUUAAUGCCAAAGCAACCCCUUCAGCAGCAAAAAGUUAACAUUUAUUCACCAAAACCAUUGUUAUUACCUAGUUGUAUGCCUCCACCAACUCAUGUAUCAACUGGGAAUUUAGUGAAUCCUGAAAAUCAAAAGCCAGCUUCAUCUGCCCAAUUCAAUAAGAGAUCUAGAUCUGUGUCACCAGUGACACAACAAGGAAGUGAAUUUCCUAGACUACCUCUGGGUGGAGGACAGUUCAUCAAACAGACUCAAUCUCCAACUACAUCCAGUCCGUCAGGCAUGGGAAUGAGUGCCAGUGCCCUUUUAAGCUCAAUUGCAAAGUCUGCAUACAAUGCUGGUAUGACUCCAAGAAUACAGAGUCCAUCAGAAUCCAGACCCUCUACUUCCCAACCAAUUGGUCUCCCACCAAAUACAAGUGCGCCUUCUCCAACAGGGCUCCCUUUAUAUGCGAACCCUUUAGGACCAGAUGCUCAUACCAAACCAAUUACUGUGAGAGUUUCACCUGUGCCUACUCCAGAAGUGAUCAAAUCAACACCAACACCAUUGUUACCGUCAGUCUUACCAAUUGUCAGUCAGUCUUCAAAGAAUAAUGAGCCAAAAGAUAUGAGGGGAUAUUCAAAUUUGUCAUCUUCUGUAAGAGCAGUGGAAAUGAAGCAAGCACCUGUAAUUUUAACUCAAAUCACUCAUUUAGAAGAACCCACAAAAUCAUCUAUACCACAUCAAGAGACAAUUCCUGAUCAACCUCCAUCAAGUAAUGUUUCACAGGUAAUUGCACCUGUACAGGCAAUACAGAAGGAAGAAUCUACACCCAGUAUUGGCCAGUCAAAUCCAGAUAUCAGCAUUGGUCACAAUAAAUGUUCUUCAAUUAGCAAUCAACUGGGAGAUGUUGAGACAUCAAACUCUACACAAGAAUUGUCAAAGGAUUCAUCUGCUGCAAAACUGAAAAGAAAACAUGACAAUGAUGCUCCCAGCGAUCCUGCUCCUAAGGUUCUGAAAAUAGAAAGUGACGCAACAACAAAUGUCAACCAAGUAAAUAUUGAAGAUGAUUCCAGUGAAUUACAGAACAUCCAACAAACUGAUGGUGAUCCUGAACUUUCAGGGGAUCAUAGGCCUUUACCACUACUGGUGAGAGAAUCAAAUAUUGAAGUGGGUAAAACAUUUACAGGGAAUGACGGUACAUCUGAUGAUCCAUCUUUAAUGGAUGCUACUGCUGGGGAUAAUGAUGUUGUUGCCGCUAAAGAAGUUUUAACCAUGCCAACACUUCUACCAUCAAAAGUAGAACUAACUGAUAUUGCAAAAUGCAAAGAUUCUAAAUAUGACACUGCCAUUUCUCUCGCUCUUGAAACUACCUCAAAGGUUGUUGAGGGCAGCAAAAUUGCUGGAGACACAAAUAUGCCUUUGCCACCAAAGGACUUGCCUGUGCAAAGUGAUGUUACAAAAACAGACAUUGCAAAAGACACUACAGAAUCUAAGCAAGAAGGAACACCAUCACAAAUAGACUCAAAGCUGGGGACAACUUCAGCGACAACUUCAUCCAAGAGUCUUACUGAGACAUCCCCAGCAAGUUCUAAAGACUGCACAAAAUCAUCUCCAGUUGAGAGAAGAACCACACCAAAGAGGAAAGCAGCAGAGGAGGCUAGUAGGCCAGUGUCUGAGAGGGCAGCACAAAAUCGUCAAUGCACUAAUCAGCAAGUUGAUGAACCACCAGCCACUCGUGCUAGAAGAACAACAAGAAACAAGUCUCCAACAGAUCAUCCAACACGGCUUAGGGAAAGGGAAAGAGAAGAUUCUAUUGGAAGCUGUCGGGAUCAGCAUACAGACCCAGGAACAGAUAAUGAUGGGCGUAUGACAAGGAAAAGAAGUACAAGAAUAAUUGGCAAAGGAAACAAGGACAAUAAAGAAAAAUAGGACACAUCUGGCAGUGUACUGAACCAGUGGAGCUAUGGAAAACCAAAUACUUUAUACAACUCUCCAACCUGUUAUUCCUCUCCCACCCCCUUAUACAAUACGUAACCACCUAUCUGAUAAUGAUUUCACAUAAUUACAGUAUGUCAUUUUUAUAUUUUAUACAUUUUUUAAAUAAUAAUGAUGAUAACUAUAAUAAUUUUAAGAACUAAUACUAAUAAUAAUACUGCAUUUAUAAAAGGGCCAUGUAGAUUUUAUGGAUUCUGUUUAGGUGAUUUUCAUUAAGCCCUAUUUAUUUGUUUAAGGUUGUUGUUGUGUGGUUGUUAU